UGUGGUGGAGGGUCCGGAUGCUGUCAGCAAAGAUCGGCCCCUCCGGCAGUGGCCAGUUGUGGAAGCGGAUGUCAGCAAGGCUAUCAAUGUGGCGCUUACGGUUGUAUGAGAAGAAAGGCGCUUUCUGCGCUGACAGCCAGAAUCGAUGGAGUGAUAGUUGGAGACGACAACGCCGAAGAGGCGCACACUCUCCCACUGGACCCGAAAUCGAUCACCUUCGCCACAAAUUUCACAAAUGAUAAACUGACGAAUCCGAAUUUCAUUUUCCGCACAUGUUGCGAAGCCAGAGGUCUUCCGGACGCUUGUAUUCGAUACUGCCACUUCAACUCUUACACCGCGAGCUCGUUGGAACAGAUGUUUUACAAGAAUGAUGCUUGUCCUCUUGAAGCUGCUCACGAGAUGCACUACUGUGCUGCUCAAGGAAUGGAUCAUACACAGGUUUAA